GGCAAGUUAUUUUUAAAGAUGGCGUCCGAAGAUGGCAUCGAAACUGAUUCUCCGUAUUUUCCUUCAAAUUCGAUUAUUCCUCAAACAGUUUUAGAAGAUCUAUGUAGCCGUUUCUUGAUCAACAUUCCGGAAGAGGAAAGGAAGGAUAUCGUUCGAUUGUGUUUUCAGAUCGAAACUGCACAUUGGUUUUACGUUGACUUUUACAGACAAGAGCAGCCUGAUCUCCCACCCUGUGGCCUCAAGGAUUUUACCAAAAUCAUCUUUCAGCAGUUUCGUUUCCUUAAUAAAACUGGAGAGAACAUCGAUCAAGUGUUUGAGAACUGGAAAAAGUAUAAGUACAGUGUUCCUGUUUAUGGGGCAAUAUUGUUAAAUCAAAUGUUAGAAAAGUGUGUGUUAGUGCAGCCAUUCAUGUCACGGACAAGCUGGGGUUUUCCAAAAGGAAAAGUCAAUAAAGAUGAAUCUGCAUUUGACUGUGCUAUAAGAGAGGUGUUAGAAGAAACUGGAUUUGACAUGUCAUUUUUUGCUGACCCAGAUGCAUACUUAGAACACAACUUUCAGGAUCAUCAAGUAAGGCUGUACAUUGUCCCUGGUGUACCUGAAAAGACAGUGUUCCAACCACAAACUAGAGGAGAAAUUAAGAACAUAGAGUGGUUUUAUGUUAACGAUCUUCCAUCCCACAAGAAAGAUACAGUGAGCCGCGAGAAACUGGGACUUAACCCAAAUGCGUUCUUCAUGGUCAUGCCUUUUGUAAAGUAAGAAACGAAGUUAAAACUUAGUUCUCAUUACUGAUUGCGACAUGUUACUUUCAGUAGUAGUUCUGGGAAUUUAGA